CAAUUGUAUACAUUUGUUACCGGCAAGACGUGUUUUUUGUGUGAAGAAAUGUACUCUUUGUAAUCCAAUAGGAGAAUGUGGCCGCUAUGCAUCCCAGCAUGGGGAGCGGCGGUGGCGGCGGGAGCGUUUGUGCUAUAUGGCACCAUCGAUGUAGCUUACUUCGCUCGUAUGCUGUUCACAGUUACACGGGCUAGAUACUUUAGGAAGAAAGCGUGCUUGCUGGAGACUACGGAGGUUGGCUCAUGGGUUCUCCUCUCCGACAUCGACACUCUUCUCUACCACAUGAACAACGCGCGCUACCUUCGUGAGCUAGACUUUGCUCGCGCCGAUUUCUACGAGAGAACUGGGCUAUAUUCCAAUAUAAAAGCUGCUGGCGGUUCCGUUGUUCAAGCGGCUUGUACUAUCCGCUAUAGGAGAUAUUUGAAGCCUUUUACCAAGUUCACAAUUACAUCUAGAGUGAUCUACUGGGACAACAAGACAGUCUUUAUGGAGCACGAGUUUGUCGGCCCCGGCCGUUUCGUGCACGCCGUGGCCGUGUGCCGACAACGUGUCAUAGACACGGCAGUCGCGCCUAUAGCAGAGCUGCUGGUUCAGUUACAUUGUGCUGGGACUUGCAAGCCGCAGCUUGGGAAGAUGCCUCCAGAAUUGGAGUUAUGGGUGCAGAGCAACGAGUUAAGUUCUGCCCGCCUGCGGUCCAACUUGGUGCCAGCUCCGUUCCUGCCAGCCUCGCCUCAAAUAGGUUCUGGCGAAUCAAUCACCGCUGCGGAAUGAAGAAACCUUCCCAAAAGGAAGCAAUGAGCCUUCGAAAGACAUGGGAAAAGGAUCAGGAUCGCAGAGAGAGAGGAUGAAGAGAACUUACCUAGUUCAUUAUUUGAUGUUUUGUGAACGUCAGCUUGGCUGUUAAAAGGUCCAAGACCUAAAAAAAACAGUUUGGGACAUUCUCUGAGAAUAUGUUAUCGGUUUUAUUCAAUAGGCUAGUUUCCUACUAGUCAAAUCAGGUUCUUUUUAAGAACUGUCAAAACGAUUUGCUAAUAUGGAAUUACUAUGAAAUACUGAGGAGUGACGU